AUGGUAAAGACAUCAGCACUACCUACAGCUGGUGGACCCUUAACCAUUACUGGUGCCUUCUUCCAAAAUGACCCCACCAUCAAUCAACUUAGCGAGGUCGUUGCACUUGGUACUGCAACUCCAAUCUUCCUUGUCACUGCCACACAAAUGAACACUGAUUCGACUGCCAUCUUCAACAUCAGCUAUCCUGACCUCCACCCAGUCGGUAUCAACUGCCUACAAGGACUAUCAAACAGCGCUGAGUUCUACCCUGAUGGAGACUAUGGCCAGAACACCCAAUGGGCAAAAAGGAAGAACCUCUUCACCUUCAAUAUUCAACUGAUCAACAUCAAUGGUAACAACUUUGGUUGUGACAUUUCAAAGGUUGUUGUUAAGUUGAACAAGAUAUCAUUGCCAAUUGUCAAGUUGGUCGAUCAUUACACUAUACAGGUCAGUCUGCCCAAUGCCACCUCCAACUACUUUGACGCAACAGCUCUCUCAAUGCCAGGCAACAAGUCACUAACAAUGACAAUCAGUGGUCUUGGCGGCAACAUGGUUGCUCAAAAAUUAACAAUCAUGCCAUUUACUAUAUCUGUUACCAGAGUUAGUAUGAUCAUGGGAGGAAGAGUGACCAUCAUUGGAAGUAAUUUGAGCACAAGGAAUGUUGAUAACUCAACUGUGGCAUACACCAUUAUGAUGGGCUCAUUGACCUGUGCAGUCGAUCCACUUAUGGAGGUAGUGUCCAACCAACUCACCUGCAUCAUGCCAAGUGCCACAUACGCUCAAGCUGAGCAAUACAUGCCAGUCGUCGUCACAAUCAAUGGUGUGUCAUCAAUUGGCAACAUAGCAUUUAGCUACAUCCAGCCCUCUUUGACCUUCCAACCAUUCCAAUUCGGCCAACAGAUUGUAAUUAGUGGCAAGGAUAUGGGUACCCUUGAUACCAUGCAGGUCGAGUUCAAUGGAGUGAACAGCACAUUCUCUACCACCCUCCAGCGUGAUGAUGGCACUCAGAUCAUGUUGCUUCCAGUCCCAGCAUUGGUCCCACUUGGUGAGCCUAAGCCAUUGAACACGAUGAACAAUGGACAGUCUAUAGUCGAGGCAGAAAUAUCAAUUCGAGAGAUGAACAUCACCUUGUCCAACACCACCAUGCCCGUCACUGGAGGUUUGGUUAUCAUCACUGGUGCACCAGUUGGACUGUUCAAGCCGAUGAUCAUCAAUGAUAUUGGUGUCCCUCAAUGCAAGUCCAUCGAAUGGAUUGAAGACCCACCAAAGAUCAGCUGUCAAUUGCAAGGUGGCAGUGGUCUCAACAUGCCACUCACAGUCACCUUGUACAAUGUUACAGCACUCACGACUACAUUCAGUUAUUUAUCACCAGUACUAUACAGUGCAAGCAGCAUUGGCCAAAAUGGAGGUGUGAUCACAAUCAUUGGUGAUAACUUUGCCCAAGUUAAUGAUCUGGCCGUGGUCAUUGGUGGCAUCACAUGCAAGAAUGUCCAAGUAACCGAUGAGCACACCAUCACAUGCUCUAUCCACAAACAAGACUUGCCAUCAACAUUGCCAACUGGUGAACAAGUGGUCAAGGUCACAAUGGGACAACAAGAUGUUCUUGCUGCAUUGUUCACAUUCACUCAGCCACCACCAACUACCACAUCCACUACCUCCACUACCUCUUCAACAACGACCACAGGUAAUCCAAGCUCGGCAGACCGUCUCGUGAACAGUAUCAUGUUCACAAUUGUCAUAAGCCUUAUUAUUAGCAUGAUGUUGCUCUAA